AGAAGGCGGAGAGCGAAGAAUGCCGUGUAGACUGCAGCUUCAUAUUUGUUAGUGACUGUGCAACGCUAUGUGGUCUAUUAUAUUUUUAGGGUCCCUGGUUGUCCUUGUGGAUUUGGGUCGUGGUCAGGACAUCACCUUUGAUGGGUACAUUCGUGACUUUGCUGUUGGCAACAGCUCACUCUACGCCCUAACGGAUGACUAUCUCUACAAGGUGAGCCACAAUUUGGCUCAAAUUACCGACAAGAUAUCUCAGAGAGGAAUACUUAAUAGGCCUGACGGCAAAUUUGAGAGAAGCACUGGAAGUAGUCCUGUUUGGAACGCAACUUACAAGGUGAACAUGUUGGUGCCAUUCAUCAAAAAUAACACCUUAAUCACCUGUGGAAGUAUCAUAUGCGGGUACUGUGAAGUGUUAGAUAUCAACGACAUUUCCAAGUCUGUGCAUUACGAGCAUCUUGAAGUUAGCCCAAACGGCUCGGCCAUUGGAUUUGUGGUCGAUAUUGAGACAAAAAAUAAAUUAGAGACGUAUGUCUUUGCAGCGAGUAUGAUGUCAACCAAAACGGUGUGUCCUCCUGCUAAUUCUGUGGUUACCUUGAGAAACACUAACGAUAAACAGACUGGAGAGAUAUUCUCUGAUAUUGACCAAGACCAGUCACCUGCAAAAAUUACCACCGAGGAUAGAAGUUUCAAUUUUGUUGACGGCUUUCAGAAUGAUAAAUAUAUAUAUUUGUUCCGAAACCAUCGGAACGGUUUCGUGUCAGUACAACUUAUUUGGCUCGAGGUCAAGACAAACAAGAAGGAUACUAUUGGAUCUCUGCAAGGUGCGAAGCUUCAGUGCUGCGCGGACCAAGAUCGCUCGCUACUACUCUCAUCCUCCUUGAUUCCUGGCGGUCCACCAGUGCUCUGGGCCGGUGUUUUCACGAGGAAUGACACGAGCGAUCCCGUGAAUACCGUGCUUGCCAUUUAUGACAUCAGUCCGGGUAAAGGACCCGACCCGAUCUUCUGCAGUAACCAGCUUUGCAAGCCAAAAUCCGAACCCGAGAUCAUCAGGCUGCAUCCAAAGUCUGUGGUGUUUCAGUACAAGUCCAUGACCUCGGUCCUGGCAUUGAGACAGGGCUCCUGGGUGGUGUUCUUCAUCGGGACAGGAGACGGUCAACUCAUCAAGCUUGCUGUGGACAAGAACUACAAUUCCUCCUGUCCCAGAGUUCUGUUCAGGUCAGACAAUGAUGUCCAAGUGUUUCCCAGGAUGCACCUGGACCCAGUGGACCCCAGACACAUCUACAUGGUUCUAGGGAAUCAGAUGAAGCGUGUCCCUGUGGCUACAUGUGGUCUUUACGUCUCUUCUAAAGACUGCUGGUCUUCCGAGGACCCAUUCUGUGGCUGGUGUGAGUCUAAGAGAAGCUGCACAUUUAAGGAGGACUGCUCGAAUUCCACAUGGAUCUCCAUUCCUGAUGAGUCCAAGCAGCAGCAGAUCUCUCACCAGCUGCAGAGAAGCAGCACUGGACAGAUAAACCUUACCAUCCAGGUCCAUCUCAGUGUAGUAGGGCCAAUACCUGCAUUUGCCUGUAACCUUGUCCCAGGAAAAGCGUUAUGUUACCCAUUAUUCCUCACUUGCACCUGCCUGCUCUCCAGGGACAUGCUAUCUAUCCUAGGUAUGUUUGUGAAGGUCAGACUGGGGAGCGAACAGCUGAAGAAGGAACUGAAGCUGGUUAACUGUUCAGGCAUCACAGGACCCCCCACGUUCGACCUGUGUUCCAGGUGUGUAUCAGCCGGCUGUAGCUGGAGGAACCAGAACUGCUCCUGGACACCACAUCCAGCGCACACACACCUCACACAGGAGCCGGUGUGCCAGAUGGAUCAGCCAGGGCUGGACUCUCAGCCAGAGAUCUUCUCUAUCGAGCCCGAGGAGGUGUCCUUCCAUGGCUGGAACCACGCCCUCCUGACAGGAAAUAACCUCAGUCACGUGACCAGAGUUCGCAUCCAGGGACGCUUCGACUGCUCUCCGAAGGAGUCCCCAGUGUGGAGAAAUACUGGAUCUAAUCUGACGUUUCACAUACCUGGUGGAGAAAAAGGCUUGGUCAGGGUGUGUCUGGUACUUUCUGAUGGCAGCUGUCAUGGAACUGGUCAUGUGACUUACAUUUCCUCACCUUCCUGCUCCGAACUGACGCCUUCCACCACUUGGGAAAGUGGGGGGCGCAGCAUCAGGGCUCGAGGUAUAUACCUGGGCUUAGUGGAGGGCGUCGUCCAUGGCAACUCCCCUCAUGUCACGGCAACCAACUACAGCGCGGGGGAUUUGUUGUUCUACACACCACCCAUGGACCAUUCCGAGUUGCCCAUCAACGUCACUUUGAAAGUAGCCAAUCACAGUGUGUUCUGCCGUCCACUCACGUUCCAGCCGGACCCAAAGUUUAUCAGCUUCACCCACACAGCCACAGGAAACCACCUGCGGGUCACCAUCCAGAAAAAGGCAGACAAGCUGAACAUCUCCAAGUCAGAGCUGACCGUGCUGGCGGUGGAGGAUGAGAAGGAAUACGAGUGCGUCCUGGAAAUCAUAGAGACCAGCAACGGGACCGACUCCAUCGACUGCGAUAUCCUGAACAAACCCAACGCAAAGAUAGACUUUCUACGGAUAAAGUAUGGAGGUGUCGAAAUCCGUUUGCAGUCACAACAGCAAAGCGGGGCUCGUCUGGCACUGCUGAUUGUACCUGUCCUUGUUGUGAUACUAUUAAUCGUUUUAGGAGUGGUGUGUGUUUAUCGGAACAAGCAGAUAAAACUAACAGCCAAGAUGAACGAACGUUUGGAGUUGUUGGAAAGUGACAUCAGACAGGAAAUUAGACAAGGUUUUGUGGACCUGCAGACCGAUCAUUCAGAUUUAAUAGAAAACGUGGGUGCCAUUCCAUUCCUUGACUACAAGCACUUUGCUUCCAGAAUCUUCUUCCCUGAGGGUGGACCUGUCGCAACAUCGAUUGUCAAAGAUAUUGGUCAGGACGCGGUGAAGGUGCGUCUGGAACAGAGCUGCCAGGCCCUGUCUACUCUCAUCCAAGACCAGCUCUUCCUCACCUCCAUGGUCCACGCUCUGGAGGAGCAGAAGAACUUCAACAUCAAAGACAAGUGUACGGUAGCAUCCUUGCUGACUGUGGCCCUGCAUGGUGACCUUCAGUACCUGACCAAUGUGAUGGAGGAUCUCCUCAGAGCCCUGAUGGACCAGCCCAGUAACAACCAGCCCAAACUACUGCUGCGGCGCACCGAGUCCAUAGUGGAGAAACUCCUAACCAACUGGAUGUCUAUCUGUCUCUAUGGCUUCCUCAGGGAGAGUGUUGGCCAGCACCUGUUCCUCCUGGUCAGUGCUCUGACCCAGCAGAUAUCCAAGGGACCCGUGGACUCAGUCACGGAGAAGGCUCUGUACACGCUCAACGAGGACUGGCUGCUGUACCAGGCCCCGGACUUCACUCCUCUGAAGCUGAAGGUGCUGUUUGCAGUGGGCACAGAGGGUGAGGUGAGUGACCCCUUGGAGGUAGCAGCUCUGUCCUGUGACACAGUGGAGCAGGUCAAGGAGAAGAUACUCGUGGCCCACAAGAACAAGUUUGGGUUCCCCUACAGCUCGCCACUCAGGGACAUCCACAUAGAGUACGAGCGGGACGGCAGGUUUGUGCCUCUCCAGGAGGUGGACUCCUCCUCUGAGGUCUUGGGAGACGUGACCAUGCUCAACACACUCAGGCACUAUCAGGUAUCAGAUGGAAUGACUAUCAAGGUGCUCUCUCGGAGGACCCACCCCCCUCUGAGCCCGCAGGACAGCCUGAAAGAUGAUCUGAACUUCUCUGCAAAGUACUUUCAUCUAAUUGACCCAGAGGUCGACCAGGACCAGAGGAAAAACCCAGAGAGAAAGAAGCUGAAGUUAAAGGAAGUACACCUCACCAAACUGCUGUCCACCAAGGUGGCCGUGCAUUCGUUCGUAGAGAACCUCUUCAGAACCAUCUGGGGAACGACCAAUGGGAACGCACCGUGUGUUGUCAAAUACUUCUUUGACUUCCUGGAUGUGCAGGCGGAGAGCAAGAGGAUCUUGGACCCCGAUGUGACACACAUCUGGAAGACCAACAGCCUGCCCCUUCGUUUCUGGGUGAACAUCUUGAAGAACCCCCAGUUUGUGUUCGACAUGGAGAAAUCUUCCCACCUGGACAGCUGCCUGUCUGUUAUCGCCCAGGCCUUCAUGGACUCCUUCUCUCUCAGCGAGAUGCAACUAGGCAAGCAUGCUGCAACCAAUAAACUGCUGUAUGCCAAAGACAUCCCACUUUACAAACAGGAAGUAAAGGCCUAUUACAAGCAAGUCAAAGACCAGCCUAAAAUGACAAGCUCUGAAUUCAAGGAUUUCCUGCUUGAGGAAUCAAAGAAACACGAAAAUGAGUUCAAUGAAUCUGAAGCCCUCCGGGAACUCUACAAAUACAUGCAGAGAUACUUUGACGAUAUCAAGCUGAAGCUCGAGCAGAAUGGUGCCCCUGCCGAACUCCAGCAGCAGCUGCAGAGCGUCAAAGUCCUGUUUGAUUCCCUGAAGAGCAGUUCCUGGGACUGAGCUCCCUCCCUCCUCUACAAGCCGACCUACAUGGCUAGGUCUGAUAUAGGUGCCGUCGCAACCCCCUCUGCUGUUCCCAGAAGACCUGGCCCCUCAGGACGAGGGCCUGGCGGGUCUGACGGUGAAGGAGAGGAAGAUUUGGAGGGACUUGUCCCUCCCUGAGGGGAUGGAACUGUCUUGGCAUUGUGGCGCUAUGCAAAACAUACAGUUGAAGUGUUCUGUCUUAUGCUUCGUGCUUGCUUUUGAACUUUCUCUUUUUAAUAUUCGGAAAUGUAAACAGGGACAGAAAUACAGCAAGCAUGUAUUUUGACUAAUAUUAGUUUUUCUUAAUUUCUUUUAUAAACAACAAAUAACCUAUCCACCCACCCAACCAAACUUGGACACUCACCUACAGGAGUAGGAAGAUUAAAUGAAAAACAACAAAGAAAAAACACUUUUCAACUGCUAAUUAAAGUCCAAAAUAUACUUUAUUCAUGAAAUACUUACAAUAUCUAGUAUUAUAAGCAAUGUCAUGCCAUUUUAUCACACCUUAUCACAGUGUUUCAAAAGAUGCAACAUGUCACGAAAUGCCUUUGGAAUGUUUUAAAGAGUAAUGCCUAUGUAAAGAAUUGAUACACAUAUGCUUUUUAAAGACGGUAAAAAAAUAAAUGGUUAAGAACACUGGUUUGCUAACUCAAAGCUACUAGCAGAGUAAUGUCAAAUGCGUACAUUGUGUAUCUGUGAAAGUGAAACUUGUGUUUUGUUUUCUAAAUUAAAUAUGUAUUUUCUC